UUUUUUAAGGUUGUAAUUUUGGCUUGCGUAUUGCUAAGCUCAGCCAAUGCACGUCCAGAUCUCAGUCAUGGCUAUCGUUACAAUGCAGGUCACAGCAGUGGUGGUGGAGGUUUUCUACAAGCCCCAACUUCAAUUAGCUCAAGCUCAUCCUACUCACCCGUAGCUUCUGGAACAUCAUACUUCAAUGCCGCUCCCACUAUUGGACAAAGUGGAAGUAUCGGUUUCUCUUCUGGAGGUCUUGGUGGUGGUAAUUCUGGUCUCUCAUUAGGCGGCUUUGGCGGUAGCUCUUCUGGUGGUUCUUCUGGCCUCUCCUUAGGUGGUUUUGGCGGUAGUUCAUCUGGUGGAUCAUCUGGUGGUUCAUUUGGUGGUUAUAAUGGUGGUUCAUCUGGCGGCCAAGAAGCUUUCCUUGGUCAUAUACAAAACAAUCAGCCACCAAUUGUAACAAAACAUUUCUAUGUACACUCAGCACCAGAAGAUCAUGAUGAACAACAAAUUGUACGCUAUGUCAAUGUUGGCCGUCCACAACAAAACUAUCGCGUUGUCUUCAUUAAUGCACCAUCCUCAUCUGCAGCUAAAGCCAAGAUUAUUGCUAACGUUGCACCAGUUGAAGAUAAGACUGCCAUUUAUGUACUUUCUAAGAAAUCGAAUGAAUUGGAUGUUAGCGCUGAAGUUGUUACACCAGCACCAGUUAACAAUAAACCAGAUGUAUUCUUCAUUAAAUACAAGACCCCACAAGAAGCUGUACAUGCACAACACACCAUUCAAGCUCAAUACGAUGCUCUUGGUGGAAGCAGUGAUCUUGUUGAUGCUGGCACAGUACCUGUCUCCUCAGUCAUUGGCAGCUUAGGUGAUUCAGGAAAUGGCGGAUCUGCUGGUGGUAAUGGAGGAGGAUCACUUGGAGGUGGAUCUUUCGGUGGUAAUGGUGGCGGUUCAACCAUAUCAAUUGGUUCUCUUGGCGGUACCGGUGGUUCACUCGGUGGCUCAUUUGGCGGUUCAACUGAUUUCGAUACUCAACCAUCACAAAAUUUCGGUGCUAUAAAUAUUCCUCAUACUGGUGAUAAUACUCAACAAACUUACUUGCCUGCUCAGCAUAAAUAAAGUUGAAUGCGGCUAAAGUGGUUUAUUCUGCAAA